AUGUCUGCUUCCGAGGACUUGAUUGACUUUGAUAUAAUUGAGAGUCAAAAAGAAAACAUUCAAUCAUUACCACAAGGAAGAUCCGCACGAAACCUCGCAAAUCUAUUCUCUCCCUCUCCUCUACAACCCCUCUCAACACCUACACCAUCCGAAACAAGAAAUCUGAACGAUGCGAUCCGGGAAGAAUACGAAGCAGAAUUGGUCAAUAUUGGAGAAUCAGACGAUCCAUUAGAUAUCUAUGAUCGAUAUGUCAAAUGGACUCUCGAUGCAUAUCCCUCCGCACAAGCAACACCUCAUUCACAACUUGCCCCUCUUCUCGAGCGUGCAACGAAAACAUUUCUCAAUUCUCCACAAUAUAAAAAUGAUCCACGAUACUUGAAGCUUUGGCUUUCAUAUAUACGAUUUUUCACCGAUACGCCCCGCGAAACAUUUGCGUUUCUGGCUCGCCAUAACAUUGGUGAAGGAUUGGCAUUAUUUUACGAAGAAUUUGCGGGUUGGUUGGAGGGUGCAGGAAGGUGGAUACAAGCGGAGGAAAUUUACCAGUUAGGUAUCGAUAAAGAGGCCAGACCGGCACCGAGAUUGUUGCGCAAGUUCAAUGAGUUUCAGGAAAGAUUUGCUGCCAGACCGGAUGGUAGUGAUGAACCUUCAUCCCCCGCAUUACCUACAGUACGACCCGCACUGGCUGCGAAAAUCGACCCAUAUGCUGCAGUUGGGGCAGCCCCCGAAGAUCCUCAAGCAGCCAGACCAUCUGCGGGCGUAGGCGGCCCAUCAACUACAAAGAGUGGUAAGCAGAAGUUGAAGAUUUUCUCGGAUGAUGAGAGUGGAUCUUCUCCGGCGGUCUCGGCCUCUCCAGGAGAAGGAUGGCAAAGUAUUGGUUCAUUAGCAGAUAGAAAGAAGGAGAAUACGAUCGAACCUAGACCAUGGGUUGGUGAGACGUUGAAAGCGGGUGGAAAGAAGAGCAGUACUAAGAUACCAAUUUUCAAGGACGAGUCUAUACCAUUACCUCAAAUCACAAAUCCAGAAUUGCAACAAGUGACUAUUAAUCCUAAAAAUGGACGAAGUGAACGAAUUUUUGUUAAUCUCGAAGCUGUAUAUCCUACUCCAGAUAAAAUCGGGACAGAAUUGAGCUUUGAAGAGUUACGUGCUGCUCAUCGCGGAUGGUCGAGUAAGAUCUGGGAACCAGAAUUAGAUAUACCACAGGAGAAGCCUGUAUCCCAUGAAUCAGCAAAAGAGUCUAACUUUAGCAUUGAAACCAUUACACAACAGAUUCCGGAGAAACUUGUUAUUGCUCGAGAUCUAGUAUAUUUGGAUGAGAAUGGAGCAAAGAAAGAACACAAUAAGGAAACUAAGCAUAGGCGGAUGAAAGUUAAGGAGGUCAAUAAGACACAAAUAAUCACCGCAAAGCUUUCUUCGCCAACGGGAAAAAAGAUGACCAAACGGAAAUCCUCCAAAGAGGCUACGAUGACUCUUCAUACCAAAGCAGCGACUGAUGAAAUUUAUGAUAUCUUUAAUCAGCCUCUAAUCACAGCUGAUGAGGAGGAAGAGGAGGAAAAGGAAGAAAGUGAUGACGAUGAUGGUGAUACGACUGAUGGCGAUUACACGAGUGGAGGAGAAAGUACAAUGACUGGGAGACUUAAUGGUACGAGUGAAGCUGGUGAUGAUGACGAAACUACCGAUGUGAAGAGUGAAAGCGAGUGGACUGAAUUUACGGCUCGCAAGGAUGUUCCAGAUAUGGAUGAUGAAGAUGGAACCAUAGCUUCAACUUUCUCCGAUGCAGAAGAUGAAGAGUUUGAGGCAAUCAAGCUUGCGAUUCCUCGUGAUGUUGAAGAAAACGAUGAGCUCGUGACUCCAAUAUUCGAAGAUGGACCAUUCAAUUCAACCACGAGUUUUGUUCCAAUACCUCCGGAAGAUUAUGAUCCACCAACCCAUCCAUAUCGAGAUUUUGAUCAAGCUUCUCAAAAUCGACUCCCUUUCAUGACACCCAUCGUGGAGCGGACUGAAUCAUCUCUUGGCUUACCAACAAUCAGAGAUCAGAAGAAUUACCUGCACUCUACUACUAGCCCGAGCAGAGGUAGUGGAUCGAAGAUAGAGGUAUUUCAAGACGAUGAGGACAGCAGUCCCUUGAGAGAAACUAUUUGUGAAGCAAAGCCCACCGAUAGGAUACCGCAACCACAACUAGGCAAAAGAAAGCCUCUAUCGAAUUCAACAGCAUUCGCCAAGGAAAUUGCACCCAAGGGACCGAUUGUUCACGACUCGCAAUGCAACCCAGUGGAUGAAGGUAUCCGUCAAUUGAUAUUCGAAAAAUUACAACCCCCUCUCAGCUCCUAUGAAGGAUUCUUUCAACACGACGAAGCUAGAAGUCAGUCAGCGGAUUUAAAAAAGUAUGCUAAAGCGGUUUCGAAAGCCAAAGGUACAAGCGAUAGAACUAGUAUCUCUGCAGCUCCAAUCCUAGAAUUUCCAGGUAUCGACCGACAAUAUACAGUAAAGAGAGAGCUAGGUGCUGGUGCAUUUGCGCCUGUAUUUCUACUCGAAAGUGGAAUAGAAAUUGAUGAACAAGAUGAGAACGAAACUCCAGUAAUCAUGGGUAAAGGAGAUUUCGAUCACUUCCAUCGCAAAUCAUUAGAAGCUCUCAAGAUGGAAGAUCCACCAAGUGCAUGGGAGUUCUACAUCAUGCGCCAAGCAAAACGAAGAUUAGGAGUCUCUCGUCCAGCAAAAAGCAUAAUCGAUGUGUACGAAAUGCAUCUUUACAAAGAUGAGUGCUACCUCAUUGAAGAAUACAGAGAUCAGGGUACUCUUCUGGACAUCAUCAAUAUCUCCCGCGCCGACGCCAAAUCUCCUGGAGGUGUCAUGGAUGAACUCCUCGUCAUGUUCUUCACCAUCGAACUCUUCCGUACAAUCGAAGCUCUCCAUUCCAAAGGCAUCCUCCACGGUGAUCUCAAAGCUGAUAACUGUCUUGUGCGUUUUGACGCACUCUCUGAUGAUGAAAUUUGGUCUCCAAAAUAUAGACGAGAUGGUAGUGGAUGUUGGAAUCGAAAGGGCAUCUCGCUCAUUGAUUUUGGGAGGGGUAUCGAUAUGAAAUGUUUCAAACCCGAGGUUCAAUUUAUCGCGGAUUGGAAAACGGGACCCCAGGAUUGUGCGGAGAUGAGGGAAUUGAGACCUUGGACUUAUCAAAUUGAUUAUCAUGGUUUGGCUGGUAUUAUCCAUUCGAUGCUUUUUGGUAAGUAUAUAGAUACUAUGGCCGAAAGACCAGGUGGUGGUGCUGGUGAUGCGAUUGGGGGAAUGGGUGGUGGCGGAAUCGGUGGGGGUUUGAGAAAAUGGAAAAUCAAAGAGGGGCUGAAGAGAUACUGGCAGACGGAAAUUUGGGCAGGGGUUUUUGAUCUACUGCUUAAUCCGCAGGGGUAUGUGGAUGGAGAGGAAGGAGGGAAGAUGCCGGUGGUGAGGGGGAUGAGGGUUAUGAGGGAGGAGAUGGAGGGGUGGUUAGAGGGAAAUUGUGAGAAGGGUGGGGGGUUGUUGAAGGGGGUUAGGAGGUUGGAGGAGGUGGGGAAGGGGGAGAGGAGAAAAUAG